CAGCCAGGUCCUCGGCCUGUCUCCUAGCUGCCGGGCGCAGCUCUUUUGCUGCGAGCUGACCCCCGGGGACGCCGCGCCAAUUCGGGGCGCUGCGGGACCCUCCACCCGGGACGCCCGCCCCUCCCCGGGCCUCUGCUCGCUUGCCCGCCCGCGAGUCCGUUCCCCUCGUCGGCCUCUCGGUUCGGGAACGUAGGGCGAGCUGAGAGCAGGCCCGGGGAGGGUGGUGACCACCGACAAGGAGCUGUAGCUGUCAAGAUGAUAGAGGUACUGACAACUGACUCUCAGAGACUGCUACACCAGCUGACCACCCUGUUGGAACAGGAGUCUAGAUGUCAGCCAAAGGUCUGCGGCUUGAAACUAAUUGAGUCUGCACACGAUAAUGGCCUCAGAAUGACUGCAAGACUCAGGGACUUUGAAGUAAAAGAUCUACUCAGUCUAACUCAGUUCUUUGGCUUCGACACUGAGACGUUUUCCCUAGCUGUGAAUUUACUGGACAGAUUCUUGUCUAAAAUGAAGGUACAGGCGAAGCAUCUUGGGUGUGUUGGAUUGAGCUGCUUUUAUUUGGCUGUAAAGUCGAUAGAAGAGGAAAGGAAUGUCCCGUUGGCAACUGAUUUGAUUAGAAUAAGUCAGUACAGGUUCACGGUUUCAGACUUGAUGAGAAUGGAAAAGAUUGUGUUGGAGAAAGUGUGUUGGAAAGUCAAAGCUACUACUGCCUUUCAAUUCCUGCAACUCUAUUACUCACUCAUUCAAGAAAACUUGCCAUUUGAAAGGAGAAAUGAUCUUAAUUUUGAAAGACUAGAAGCCCAACUUAAGGCAUGCCACUGCAGGAUCAUAUUUUCCAAGGCAAAGCCUUCUGUGUUGGCUUUGUCCAUCAUUGCUUUGGAGGUCCAAGCACUAAAGGAUGCAGAGUUAACGGAGGGAAUUGAAUGUGUUCAGAAACAUUCCAAGAUAAAUGGCCGAGAUUUGACCUUCUGGCAAGAGCUUGUAUCCAAAUGUUUAACUGAAUAUUCAUCAAACAAGUGUUCCAAACCAAACGUUCAGAAGCUGAAAUGGAUUGUGUCGGGACGCACGGCUCGGCAACUGAAGCAUAGUUAUUACAGAAUAACUCACCUCCCAACAAUUCCUGAGACGGCUUCUUAGGUGGUAAAUCUGGCUGCUUUCCAGGUCUACACCUGAAGAACUGAAAUACUGUCUUGAAUAAUAAACAAUAUGGGAUUAAAAUAGUAAA